CACUCUCACCCAACUAGGUCCCGCCACAAGAGAACACGUCCAAAAUCUGCACCCCUCAAAUGCACUGCCCCAGCUGCCACGGCUUGGGAACGCCCUGGUUACUGGCCAUGUCGGUUCGGGCAUUCAGCUGGUACGCCGGGCAACAAAAGAAUAUUUCCUCGGGUACUACUCCCCCAUUUGUGGACGACUGACGGCGAUAAAGUCCAACACCACCGGCCGCGGUCAUCUAGAUCUGAAUCAAGCCCUUCCAAGCCUAGUAGUAGGCCAAGAUGGACUGGCCACGGGAUAAUCUCGGACUCAGUGACGAUAAUCUCGACGCCGUCUUCAAGUAUACGCCAAGAGACAGUGCCGUCGUCCAAAUCCUGCAGGGACAAAAGUACAAGCUGCAAUACUCCUCUCUAGAGUCAGAUAAAGAAUGGGAGGACUGGUUAAGCAAUGAUCUGCCGAAGCUCGAUGGGAAAGACUCUGGCCUUGUUCUGAUUCUCGCAAAGCGCCCAGGCGAGGUUCCUUUCCCUCCCGUCAAGAAGGCCCCUUCGAACGAGUGGGUAAAGUUCAUAGAGGGCCAGAGGUCGGCGGCCAAAACGGGCGGCGCUUGGGGGAGCAAUGUCAAGGCCCUGACCGCCCUCGAGAUGCCCAAGCCGACCGCCGCCGCCGCCUCCGAGAAGGAGGCCGCCGCCGCCGCCGCCGCCGCCACCACCUUGGAGAUGAUGGCGACAGCCGGCAAGACCUCGAGGCGCGGGGUCCGGACCCUGCCCUUCUCCAAGGCCACCUUCAAGCGCGUGGCCGAGGGCAUGCACACGCACGGGUCCAUCGCGCGCGUGGUCAGCCGGGCCGACGUGCCCGUCUUCUCGGCCGACCGCGUCCUCAUGGGCGGCGGCGAGGCGGCGUGGGUCUACAGCUGCCGGUCCUCGCACGCGUGGGACUUCGACCUGGCGCUGUCGGUCACGUACUUCCCGGGCCGCGGGCUGACGUUCGUGACCGUCUACGGCUGCUACCUCUCGGCCUGCGACGAGAUCCUGCGGCGGCUCGACCGCAUGCAGAGCCACGAGGCGGUCGCCCACCCGCUGCUGCUGCCGGGCAUCUUCGCCGAGCUGGAGCAUGGCCGCCACAUGGCGCUCGUCAACGCCACCAUCGCCGAGGUCGAGUCCCGCAUCUUUGAGCUCAACGCGUUACAGGAGGAGUCGGAGCAGCGGCGCCGGCGCGGCGCCGGCGCGGCCGCCGCCGACGCGGACAAGAAGAACAUGGCCAAGCGCAACGCCUGGCUCGACACGACGUACCUCCGCAACGGGCUCGUCAGCUGGAACGCCCAGCUCGCCAAGAUGGCGCAGCACGCCCUCGAGAUCGACCCCGUCGUCGACGCGUCCGAGGCCCGGCUGCAAAAGAGCAGGGAGACCACGCCCGAAGCCGAGCUCGACGGCGGCAUCGGCAUCGGCAUCGGCAUCGAGGCCAAGAUCCGGAAGCGCAUCCAGUCCAUCCGUGAGGAGUACGACGACUGGACCCGGGACUGCACCAUGCGCGUCGACGGCAUGGCCAUGGCCACGCAGUGGGCCCAAGGCGAGGUCAACGUGGAAAUCGCCUUUGACACCAAGCGCGACUCGCAGCACAUGCGGUCGAUCGCGCUCCUGACCAUGGUUUUCCUACCCGGGACAUUCCUCGCAAGCGUCUUCAGCAUGACCUUCUUUGACUGGAAGGAAGGCGCGUCGGUAUCCGAGUACAUCUGGAUCUACUUUGUCAUUGCCAUCCUUCUGACCCUGAUAGUCAUCGGGGUGUGGUGGUACUGGAUCGUUUACCGCCCUUCCCAGAUCCGGAGCUGGAUCGAUGAUGACGAGGACGAGUUCGUUCCGCUGACAUCUGGGCCCGUGUAAGCACCGCGUCGGCUGUCAGCGGCAUUGUUGAUUGUGACUGGUCAUUUAUAUCCCCCUCCUCGACACAAUCCAGGUACCUGGUAGGUACCUGGCAGGCACCCAGCCCGAUUAAGCAUAAUUACCAACCCCAAUAUGGAGGACAGCUCCAUCAAACAUUCACCCAUCAGUUAUACAGAAACAGCAGUGAUACAUUCUGAAAGACCCACCCAUGCGAACAGCUGCGUUCUUACUUGCUGUCCUCUCUUCUCCGUUCACCAUCCGUAUCACCUGCUCCGUCUUGUGGCUCCCCGUCCCUCAUCGGAGGCUCAGAGGGUAUCCGCAGCGCCGAGGCCAGCGGCAGGCCGGCUUUGAAAUCGUACCGCGCCGCGCGCUCGAACUUGAGGACCCCU